CGCCCCCGGCCCUCCCUGGCUGCACGAAGCAGGCGCGGGUGCUCGGGGCGGGCGCCGCCCGGGAGGCGGGAGCGGGAGUCGGGCGGUUCGUUCGCGGGGUGGGGAAGGAUCUGGAGCCCCGCGUCGGGCAGAGCGACCUCGGGCCCCGGGGGGCGACGCACCGGCUUCGAGGGGCAUAUCCCGUCCGGGAGGCGGAGGGCGUCGCAUUGAUGGUGUCCCUCGGCUCGAGCCCGGGAGGAGCCGGGCGGGGGGGCGUCUUGGGGCAAACGCCGGGAGCCGCGGGCCGGCGGGAGGGGGCGGCGGCCACCACACAAGAGGCUCCUCCCAUGGUGACCACACUGGCUGCUUUCGUUUCCUCUCGUGACAGGUGCUCGGUUGGUCUGUCCUGUCACAGCGAGGUGGCUUCCUGCCUGGCCCGGCGCCAUGCACACGCUUGUGUUCCUGAGCACGCGGCAGGUGCUCCAGUGUCAGCCAGCUGCCUGCCAGGCCCUACCCCUGCUGCCUCGAGAGCUCUUCCCCCUGCUGUUCAAGGUGGCCUUCAUGGACAAGAAGACUGUUGUGCUUCGCGAGCUGGUGCACACAUGGCCCUUCCCGCUGCUCAGCUUCCAGCAGCUGCUGCAGGAAUGUGCUCACUGCAGCCGGGCCUUGCUGCAAGAGCGCCCCAGCACAGAGAGCAUGCAGGCUGUGAUCCUGGGGCUGACAGCCCGGCUCCACACCCCAGAGACCGAGGCUGGCACACAGCCUCUCUGCAGCCUACCCGUGCUCCCAGGAAGCAUGCCCUGCGGGUGCUGGACAUGACGGGCCUACUGGAUGACGGCGUGGAGCAGGACCCUGGCACCAUGAGCAUGUGGGACUGCACAGCAGCUGUGGCCCGCACCUGCAUAGCACAGCAGCAGGGCGGGACUGCGGAUCCUGGGCCAGCCCCCAUUCCUGUGGAGGUUCGUGUGGACCUGCGGGUGAACCGGGCCUCUUACUCGUUCCUGCGGGAGGCACUCCGGAGCAGUGUGGGCAGUCCCCUGCGGCUCUGCUGCCGGGACCUGCGGGCUGAGGACCUGCCCAUGCGCAACACUGUGGCUUUGCUGCAGCUGCUGGAUGCGGGCUGCCUGCGCCGUGUGGACCUGCGCUUUAACAACUUGGGCCUGCGUGGCCUGUCUGUUAUCAUCCCACAUGUGGCCCGAUUCCAGCACCUGGCCAGCCUGCGGCUGCACUAUGUGCAUGGGGACUCGAGGCAGCCCUCUGUGGAUGGCGAGGACAACUUUCGCUACUUCCUGGCCCAGAUGGGCCGCUUCACUUGUCUGCGGGAGCUCAGCAUGGGCUCCUCUCUUCUCUCGGGGCGGCUGGACCAGCUGCUCAGCACCCUGCAGAGUCCCUUGGAGAGCCUGGAGCUGGCCUUCUGUGCCCUGCUGCCCGAGGAUCUGCGCUUCCUGGCACGGAGCCCCCAUGCUGUCCACCUCAAGAAGUUGGACCUUAGUGGCAACGACCUGUCCGGCAGCCAGCUGGAGCCUUUCCAGGGUCUGCUGCAGGCAGCAGCAGCCACACUGCUACACCUCGAGCUGACUGAGUGCCAGCUUGCUGAUACCCAGCUGCUGGCCACGCUCCCUGUGUUGACGCGCUGUACCAGCCUCCGCUACCUCGGUCUCUAUGGCAACCCACUGUCCAUGGCGGGCCUCAAGGAGCUCCUACGGGAUUCGGUAGUGCAGGCUGAGCUACGUACGGUGGUGCACCCCUUCCCUGUGGACUGCUAUGAGGGUUUGCCCUGGCCACCGCCUGCCUCUGUCCUGCUGGAAGCUUCCAUCAAUGAGGAGAAGUUUGCUCGUGUGGAGGCGGAGUUGCACCAGCUGCUACUGGCCUCAGGUCGUGCUCAUGUGCUCUGGACCACUGACAUUUAUGGGCGCCUGGCCGCAGACUACUUCAGCCUAUGACCUCUAGGCUGUCCUGGUGUUCAGGGCUGCUGGAGACCCCUCCCCGCCUUAGGUAGACAGAGCCUUUGCUGGGACCCUGUUGGAGGCCUGACACGGAGUCACUGGUCUCUGGUUUCCUUGCUCUUGGGCUCUCGCAGCCUUCCGAUGCUUGGUGGAGCACCUUGCGAGGUUUUGCCCUGUACCUGUUCCCCUGACUGGCUGACUGUGGGCUUAAGGGCUGGAUUCCAGACCUGUUAAGGCCAGGCUUGGUUUGGGUGCACUUGGCUGCCCUCUGGUGUCCUGGUCCUCUCUUUGGAAUGUUUCUGGGGUGCCAGCUGUGAGCUGAGAGAGGGUGUUCUGUCUGGGCCCUUCCCAAGAACAGACUGCUCUGGGGUUGAAGCUGGAACAGGGACCUGCUUCAAGGUGGGUUGGGUCCCCACGCACUGGAGCCUUUCAUGGUUCUCUCUGCCCUGGCACCCGGGAGACAACCUGGCUGGGCUUUGGAGCCAGCGGGUGUCAUUAAGGUACAAAUGUGCAGUGUGUUUGGAACUUAAA